AUGUCAAUUUUGGCGAAGAUUGCGGAAAUCGAAGCCGAGAUGGCUCGCACACAAAAAAACAAAGCCACUAUGGGUCAUUUGGGUAUGCUGAAAGCACGUAUAGCGAAGUUACGACGAGAAUUGAUAACACCGAAAGGUGGGAGCGGUGGUUCAGGCGAGGGUUUUGAUGUUGCUAAAACGGGUGAUGCACGAAUUGGAUUUGUGGGUCAGUUUUUUUCUUUUCUCUACAUGAAUUAUGUCUGA